CUGCAUGGGAGCCCAGCCCAGGCCAUUAGCGACUGGAUUGGUGCUGACCAUCCAUCACAGGUAGCUAAGAGCUGCUAGGUAAGGUAGGCGUGGAGGUAGCUUCCGUCUACGACCUUCCCCAAAGUUGCCUCGUCUUGACACUAAUCUGCUCUCGCCAUUGAUAAUUGCUAAGGAAUCUACCAGGCAAUCGUCAUCUUGUGUCACCAAACUACAUUGUACACGGUCUUGUGCUCCUUCCCUGCGACUUCAGACAUCGGAACUCAUCUUUGACCUCAGUCUCAUCUCAAAUUCCGGCCGUUCCUUGGUUAACCAACAACCUUGAACUGCUACCUACCUACCUUCAUCGACCUUCAUCUGACAUCCGCCUCACCCUUUCCGCUUCGCCCGGUCUCCCAGUCGGCGUCCAGUCACCUUUAUUCAUCUAUUUUGUUCUCUACAGCUCUGAUUUACGUUCCAGCUCAGGUUGUCAGAGGCGGCAACGCCCAAUCGAAAACAGCAAGCGAGUGAGACAUCGAUAGGUCAUCUUUUCUCCCGCCAGUGAGUGCCCUUCGCCAAGCGGGCCUCUUUUUCUCUCUCCAACUCUUCGCUUCUCUAAACUCAACAUCAUUAAACCCGACUUCUUUCUUUCCCACUUUUGCAUCCGACUGAUACGUCCCCAACCUUUAUUCUCCCGACGCUUCCUUCGCCAGCAAACCCCUUGCCCCGGAGAAACUCAAACCAUCUUCGGCUUUAUCGACCAGCAACUACUUUUAGUACGACAAGUUCCCACAAAGUCCACUGUUCAACUGCUGCCACUCUUCACUCCCGUCCCCUCGCUCUCGCUCGACUACGUACCGGGCUGCGAGGCCCCAUCCUUUACUUGCCGACUCUACCCCUACUUGCAGCUUCAAGCAACCCGCAGACGCCUUUUAGGGGAGCACUGCCCCUCAUUCCAGCAAGAAGGCACAUCCCGGGCACCGCGCCGAUAAGACCGAUAGCGGUCUGAAAGACAACUGAGGGGCAUCGCUGCAUCCACCGCCCACCAAGAGCCAGUCGCAGUCAUGGGUUUGGUCCAUGUGCCAGGAAGACGCUCCAGAGCGUCCAGCCUCACUAGCAAUCGCUCGAGCAUCGACGAGGCCAGAGGCGCUGCUGAAGAUGACGACACCACUGUGGUCGAGGCCGACCAGGGCAACGUGCUCGGCCACAUCAUUUCCCAGCUUCGUCCUGGAGCUGAUCUGAGUCGCGUUGUUUUGCCGACCUUCAUUCUUGAGCCCCGCAGCAUGCUUGAGAGGAUUACAAACUUCAUGUGCCACCCCGAAAUGCUCCUCCCUAUACCCGAGAUCGACGAUCCUGUACUACGAUUCGUUUCCGUUGUCAAGUUCUACCUGAGUGGAUGGCAUAUUAAACCACCAGGAGUGAAGAAGCCUCUGAACCCGAUCCUCGGCGAGGUUUUCUCCUGCUACUGGGAUCUGCCCGAUAACACGAGGGCAUACUACAUCUCCGAGCAAACAUCGCAUCACCCUCCCAAGUCUAGCUACUUCUACAUGGUCCCCGAGCACAACAUCCGCGUUGAUGGCACACUCAAGCCCAGGAGCAAGUUCCUCGGAAACUCGGCGGCGAGCUUGAUGGAGGGCACAGCGGUCUUGUCGUUCCUGAAUAGGGGCAAGGACAAGACAAAGGGCGAACGAUACAUCUUGACACAACCAAACAUGUACGCUCGAGGCAUUCUCUUUGGAAAGAUGAAGUAUGAGCUUGGAGACCACAGCUUUGUCCGGUGCCCAGAGCUCGACUUGGUCGCCGACAUUGAGUUCAAGGUGAAGGGCUGGGUCAGCGGUACCUAUAAUGCGAUUGGUGGCUCAAUCAAGCAUGAGAGCACAGGCGAAGUCCUUUACGAGCUCUCGGGCCUUUGGAACGACGAGAUGUUUGUCAAGGAUGUCAAGACUGGUCAUAAGGAGAUGUUCUUCAACGCCAGACGAUCAAAGCCCAGCAGUCCCCUAGUGCGGCCUAUCGAGGAGCAGGAUGAGCGCGAAUCUCAGAAGCUUUGGGCACCGACAGCCCAGGCCGUGAAGGAUCGCAACCAUGAGCUUGCGACGGACGAGAAGACCAAGGUUGAGGACAGACAACGCGAGGAGCGUGAGACGAGAGCCCGCGAAGGCGUUGAGUGGAAGCCUAGGCUUUUCAGGGCUGUCCAGGGCGGCCCAGGUGGCCCCGAAGAAGGCGAGGAAGAGCUGGAGUGGAUCAUCAACGCUCACAUUGACCACACGAGCCCAGAGAAGCAGACUGAACAAAUUCUGGCUAUAUACCCCAUUCUUCCGGGCCAGAAGCCUUCCACGACAAACGCCAUUCCUCCCCAUAAGCCCUCUGCGACAGCAGAGGCCCCGGCCCCGGCCCCGGCCCUGACCCCCGUUCCGGUCGCUCAGCAACAAGUUGGAGGCAAUGACUUGAUCGAUUUCGGCGACGCGCCAGCUACCACCCCGGCAGCUCCGGCAGCUCCGGCAGCCCCAACAGCACCUGCGCCUGCUGUCCAGCCACCAAGCGGUACUCCCCCGGCAGCUCAGGAGGCGCGGAGUGGAUCCAAGGACAUUGAAGGGAUGCUCAACAGCACCGGAACGCAAGCAAAAGAGGGACCAUUGAUGGACUUCACAGACAUGAAGAAGAGCGUACCGCCGCUGAAGAGAGCCGAUGAGAGUAACGACAGCUUCCACGACGCUUUGGAGUAGAUCAGAGCCAAGCUAAUCUAGGACGCACGUCCGUCCCUCUGGUUUUUGUUUUCCCCUCCCACCCCGUCUGGCCAACCCCUUUUUGCCAAACAUCACAUUCAUUCACCAUGGGAGGCGGACCUCUGGCUAGAGGAAUUUGAGGAAAGGGAGGCAGGUCGGGAGGUAAACAAACUAUAAAUCUUUUGCAUUGGCGAACAUCCGGGGAAGGGGUUUGGUAGAAAAGGGAUACCUCUGUAGAUAUGUAUAGCAUUGCUUACUGCUCAGUAAUAACGGCAUUCGACUGCGGGAAGUUUUUGGACACGGCUCACUCACAGCUUUCGAGGCAAGAUUCGAUGAUGACGACGAUGAUGCAGGG